CAUCGUCCUUUUUAUUCAUUUCAUUUUCUUCUUUUUCAGUUUUACCGUAAGAUUGUCAACACCUUGAUUGUCUUGCCUGCUAUAUUUGCCAAAACACCAGCCGACGCCAGUCACGAUGCUUCUACCUACCUACCUACGCAAUCCACCUAACCCUGCACGUUAUUCUCAUUUUCGAACUCUAAAAAACAAUUCCAAGAAUGUAAUUGACACUCCAGUCUAGUAAACCCCAUUUUUCUCACCUGGGUUUUUUUUUCAUGGCACGAUCAAUUUUCAUUUUUGUAAUAUUUUUUUUAAUUAGUUUUUGCUAUACCCAUGUUCGAUCAAAUGAUCAGGAAGGGUACAUUACAGUAGACAUAUCGAAUAAGGGCCUUGAUUUUCUCAAGGAUUUGUUGAUAGAAAAGGCAGAGUCUUCGUUGCUUCCACUUUACCUGCCCAAGAUCGAGAAGGCAGUUAAAAUCCCAAUUGUGGGUAAAGUUCAUAUGGUUCUUUCGAAUAUUACUAUGGAAAGGAUCGAUGUGAUUUCUUCAACCGUGAAAACUGAUGAUAAUGGUAUACUCAUAGCUGUUUCUGGGGCCACCGCGAAUCUAAGUAUGAAUUGGAAGUAUUCAUAUAGCACUUGGUUGAUUCCUAUUGCUGUUUCGGAUCAAGGAAGUGCCACAAUUCGGGUUGAAGAUAUGGACAUUGGGCUUACCCUCAGUCUGAAGAAUCUACAAGGAUCUCUUAUGCUGUCUGUUCAGGACUGUGGAUGUAAUGUGAAAGAUAUAUCUAUAAAGUUGGAUGGUGGAGCAUCGUUGGUUUAUCAAGGGUUGGUGGAUGCCUUUGAGGGUAAAAUUGUUUCUGCUGUUGAAAAUGCUGUUUCCAAGAAAAUAAAAGGUGGAAUUGUAAAGCUUGAUUCUGUAUUGCAAUCUCUUCCUAAAGAAGUUCCAAUAACUAAUAUUGCUUCCAUGAACAUUACAUUUGUUGAUGACCCAAAGUUGAGUGAAUCAUCACUUGAUGUCGAAAUAGAUGGGUUGUUAUCUGCCAAGGAUAAAAUUAUAGUUUCCAACCACUAUCAUAAAACUUUACAAGCUUCAUUCUCCUACAGGGAAGUAGAUAAGAUGGCCAGGAUCUCAUUGCAUGAAGGUGUUCUUAAAUCUGCAUCAGCAGUCUACUUCAAAGCAAAGAAGAUGCAUUGGAUUGUUGACAACAUAUCAGAUCAAUCUCUCUUGAACACAGCUAGUUGGAGGUUUAUUAUUCCGCAGUUGUACAAGAUGUAUCCGAAUGAUGAAAUUAACCUGAAUAUUUCUGUAUCUUCUCUACCAACUAUUAAAAUCGAAAAGCAGCAGAUUGAUGUAACAAUUCCCUUGGAUGUGGUGAUUGAUGUUUUGGAUGCGGGAGAAGUAAUUCCAGUUGCAGGCUUUUCAAUGGUCAUUAGUGCUUCAAUAUCUGCUGAAAUUUCAGGGAACACUCUAUUUGGUAGAGUGAAGUUAAAUCAAUUCAGCAUGUCUCUUAAGUGGAGCAAAAUUGGUGACUUGCACAUGCGUCUAGUCCAGUCAGUGAUAUCCACUAUGCUGAAGACCGUGAUAUUGCCAUACGUGAAUGUACAACUCAGGAAAGGACAUUUGUUGCCCGCGUUCCAUGGUUACAAGCUUCAAGAUACUCAAAUCGUUUGUGUAGAUUCCUGGAUUAUAAUCAGCAGUGAUUUGGCAUCUGCAAAAAGAUUUAGGAUUGCCUAGUCCCUGCAUAUAGGAAGGGUGAAACUAUCAUCAGUGCUAAUGUGUACGAGGAUGCAAUAUGUACAAUUGUUGUGUAGGUGUAGCCCUGUGUGUUAUUCCCUCCAGUUAUAUUCUUUUGAGUAGAUUUAGACGUGUAACAGUUGCAGAUUAUUUCAUUUGUAACACGGAGAUCUGAUGUAAAGGUGAGAGCUGCUUCAUCUUUCUCCAUGGUUUCUUCUAUUUCCAUUAUCCUUCGACUUUAGUUGUAUGCUAUGGCAUUAAUAGAUAUGUAUAUGUGAAGACUUUGCCUCUCUUGUUU